CCUCGUAUCACUGCACGCGAAGCUCUCAAUCACGAACGCUGCAUACAUUGUGCUGUACAUCUCGUCUUUAUUCACAAGGUGUAGUGUAUCUUUGUUGUGCGUUUUCGCAAUUAUCUGAUAAUAAGCCAGAUCUUCAAUGAACCGCCCUCUCCCACGAUAUCUCUACCGAGUGUAUGAUGAGGAGUCUUGUUCCCAGUUCAAUCGUGCCUCGGGCUUUGUGGCCAGCAUACCCAAUGCUGUCUAUAAUCCAGAGCAUCGGAAUGCCCGGCGUCAAUUAAAACAGCAUAUGAAUUGGGGAAAUCGAUAUCGAACUCCUUUUAUAUCUGUGACGGGCUCACGUGAGAAGGCUCUCGAAUAUGCUUUGCAGAGGGUGGAAAUGGGGAGGCGCACUGUUUCGAUUGUGAAGAUUGACAGCUCGCGACUCGAAAGAGCAAACAUCGAUGUAUACCGGAUGUGCGAUCUUGUUGAACAGAUCGGCGCUUAUAUCAAACCUGAAGCAAACAACGAACACGAAUAUCUGUGUGUUCGCCGCAUUCCGGCUAACGCAGUUAUUGAAUGUCUUACACUUGAUGACGAUGACGAUGAAGACAGUGAUGAAUACUGAGGAAGACAUUGGUCGGUGUAGAUCUCAACAACUUCUCCAACAUGUGCAUAGCGGUGGCAUGAUUCCAUUAUAUACCAGCAUAUGUCCCAGCACUCAAACGUCUCAUUGCUGCCAAACUGCCAUCCCGCACUCACAAUAGAUUUUUAUCGCCCAUGCGCUAUCGAUUCACCGUCCAUCAAUGGGACGUUCAUUUCCCCAUAUAUACGACAGUCUUCCUUGUGGGGUUAAGAAUGCCCAACCUGUUUCUCGAAUUG